AUGCCGGUCGAGAGAGUCCCCAAGAAAGUCCGUCUGCAAGAACACCAUGUCGCACCACAAGCAUUAACAACAACAACAGUAACAGGAAUCACCGCAGCAGAACAGAGAUCAACAGAACGAACGACAACCACAGCAACAGCACCCAUUACCCGUCUUGGUGCGCAGUCAAACAUCUUCCGUGGGCACUACAUGGGAGCCGACCACAAGGAUCCAUUAGUCUUUUUUUCAGAAGAGAUUGCCCUCCAUAUCCUCGAACUGCUCACCCCCUCAGAACUUGCACAGUGCGCCUGUGUCUCCAGACAAUGGUAUCGUCUCGUCAACGAUCAAAUGCUGUGGCGCAGACUCUUCUACAAGGACCAGUUCAUCUACCCAAGAGGAUUCCGGAACGCAGGACGGACGGCGAAACCGGCCCUGACAGGACAAUUCAACACUGCCACCGCUACCGCCACAACAUCCCAAGAUCGUCGUAAUUUGAAGCGGAAGCGACCAGGACCCACUCAUCAUCCACAGCAGCAGCACUAUCGUCACCGACAGGAUGAGCACAUGGUAUACGGAGACCCGUCGUCGUCGUCAACUUCAAACUCGUGUUGGAAGGCACUAUACCGACUCAACCAUAACUGGAUCGCAGGACAGGCUCAAGUCACAAGUCUUUCCAUCCAGCAACUCUCUCAUCAGGACCAACUGUUCUUCAACCCUGCUGAGAGUUCAUUGGACCGGGAUAUGGAGGCAGGUGAGGUGGAUGGGAUGCCUGCGAGGACGCGUUCGCCUAUUGUGCAGUUCCAGGGUCCUGUUCUGUUGAUUGUGAGUCCGGGCGAUAUGGUUCAUCUCUGGAAGAUCAAGUCUGCUAUGGACGUUCAGGAACCUGGGCGAGAUGGGCAGUCGUCAUCACCAACACUACCCGUACCAUCAGAGUCGACGAGGCGACCGGAGUUUUGGCAGACGUACCGUAGCUCAAGGAAGAGAACGGGCCCCUCGAGUAUCAGCUGUCUGGCGCUGGAUCGGUCAUCGGCAGUAGGUGACUCUUUGACGACGGCAAGCUGGCAGAAGGUCAUGGUCGGAUAUGACUCUGGUCAUUUCUCCAUCUUUGAGUACCUAAUCCACCACCACCACCACCAAGACGACAAACCAAGCGAGCUCAGUCACAACAAGGAAUCGGCGACAACUCUGCGGGAGAUCGGAAAUACGGCGGAUCUACCAGCAUGGAGCGAUGUGGGCGGGAUCCAGUCUGCAUCGUUUUUGUAUCCAAUCUUGACCACCUGCUCCGACGACGGCACUAUCUCAAUCUACAAGAUUCAAGAGGAUCACUCGCACACGUUGGAUCACCCUGAUGAGCCACGGCAUUGGUGUCGACUUUUGCAUCGUCUUUAUGGAUCCUCGCCACUCUCGCCUGUAGAGAUAGAGCUCCGGCCCAUUGUUGCACAACAACCAACCACCUUUGAACAGGACGAUUCCAAGGACAGGACGCGACUCUUGUGGCGAGCAUUGAUCACGUUUGGACUACAGCUAAUGGAUGGCUCAUGGACGGUCAGGUUACAGGAGAUUGAGUUUGACGAACAGUUUAUUUGGCACUCGAUCGAAACGGGCGUCGAGGAUGAGUCUGACUUUGAGCGAGUGGCCUCAUAUCAGGAAGAUGGCGGUGGUGGGGAAGAAAACGGGACAUAUCUGCGCUCUGGGAUCCCUUCGUCAUCCGCAGAGUCAUUCAGCAACACGCUUUUGGACUCUGCAGGUUACGCACGGAUCGGCACUAUCUCUGCAAUUACCAUCUCGUCGCCCUAUGUUGUCACCACCCACCCAGACAACACCAUGAACGUCUUCCACAUGGCCCGCCCAUCUGUCAACAAAGCACACAAGCAAGCAGCAGGACGAGGAGGAGGUGGCGGAACUAUAUACCCAAAACCCAUCCGAUUCCGCCACCUCUCCACCCUGUACGGACACUGCGGCGCCGUGUCAAGCGUAGCAAUCGAAUCCCGGUCCGGCCGACUGGUGAGCGCAAGCAUGGACCGGUCGAUCAAAGUCUGGACAAUGGUGGGUCGAAACCGGUAUGACCAACUUGAGCAGCGACGAGUCCAUCAAUGUGCGCUUUCGAUGAACGACUUGCCCCAGAGCUGGACUCUGGGUGCGCGGGUGAACAAGGAGGAAGGGUUGGGACUUGUCUGGGUCGGGACAGAUGAUGAAAAGAUUGUCAGCAUGAAUAGCGAUGGUACCGUCAAGGUGUGGUUGUUCUCGUAG